AGGACAGCACAGGCGAAGCUCUGAACUCCCUGAGAGUGGAGGUAGGACAGGGAGAGGAGGCAGAGUAACAGUUCUCCUGACAGCCAAGCCCACGCCCGCACACACACACACACACACACGCACACACACACACACACACACUGCACACAGAGAAAGGCAAGACUUUUCACGCACGCACUUUGGGACUUUUGACUCGUCUGUGGACUCCACAGCCCGCCCUCUGGAGUUCUACCUGUGCCUGCCUCGCUCCCACUCAUCACUCUCCUCACCUCGUCCCCCACCUGCACUCCCUCGGCCCCUCGCCAGUUGAGGGCAGACGGCCAUGGCGCGGGCCUCUCUCGGGGGCGCUCUCGGCUGUGCCCUGCUUGCCCUGGUGCUGGGGAGCAGCAACGUGGAUUUCGGGGCUCCACCUGCGAGUUUCUACCCCCGCUUCAACCCGUUCUUCUUCCUGUGCACCCAUCACGGAGAGUUGGAGGGAGCUGGGGUGACAGAAGGUGGGGGAGAGGUGCUCCUCACCCUCCAAAUUACGGGCAACCCCACGACCUACACCCCUGGACAGGAGUACCAAGUAACCAUCUCUACCAGCGUUUCUUUUGAUGGCCUGCUGGUGACUGGCCUCUAUACCUCCACACCGGUUCAGUCGGCUCCAAUCCCUGCUCCAGCUGCCUUUGGUUUUGGCGUGAUGCCCGAUCGGCAGUUCGGUGGAACCCAGUUCGUCUGCAGCGUGGUGGCGUCCCACGUCAGCCACCAGCCCUCCUCCAGCUUCAGCUUCGUCUGGAUCGCGCCGCCGCCCGGGACCGGCUGCGUCAACUUCCUAGCUACAGCAACACAUCGAGGACAGAUCAUUUUCAAGGAUGCGCUGGCCCAUCAGCUCUGUGAGCAGGGAGCUCCAACUGAGUCCCCACUGAGACCAAGUCUAAUGGAGCUCCAUGGGAAGCAUGUGGUGCUGCGUGAUGACUUCGACUCCAACCUCCAAGGAGAGCUGGACCCGAGCAUCUGGUCUGAGUGCAGUAACUGUGAGGUGGGAGAGCAGUGUGGCGUGCUGAUGCACGGCAGAGCAGUCACUUUCUGCGAGCCCGUCGGAGAGAGAGAGCUGACUACUGUACCUCUCAACACCAGCACAGCCUCGGUCCUGCAGUUUGCUCUAGGCUCAGGCUCCUGCCGCUUCAGUUAUUCGGACCCGAGCAUCACUGUGUCAUACAGCCUGAGCGGUAACGCCAACAGCUCAGAGGAAUGGAUCACACUGGAGAAGAUCAGAGCUCCGACCAACAGCAGCACCGUCGUCCACCUGCUUCCUCUUCCACACUCCUCCAGAGCCGAGGGCGUUCGUCUCCGCUGGUCCCAAGAAGCCCCAGCAGGGCCCGAGGGCUACGAGUCCUGCUGGGGACUGGAUAACGUGCUGCUGGUCAAUGCUGCCCACAAAGUCCCCCUGAUGGAGGACAACUUAGAUCCUCCAGAUACUGCCAACUGGCUCUUCUUCCCCGGAGCUACUGUCAAGCAUGCCUGUCAGUCUGAGGGCAACGCCUUGUAUUUCCACGGUGGCGAGGGGGCUGGCCACAGCUUUACAACCACCAGAGACAUCGACCUCCACCGAGAGGAGGGGAGGAGCUACUGGGAGGAAGACUUUGAGAGCGCACCCGCAAACUGGGACAUAGAGGGAGCUGUGUACGGGACCCAGUGUGGAGAGAUCGAGUCGGGCUCUGCACUUGUGUUUGAAAGGGAGGGCAGGAGGAGGGUGUGCACCCCUUACCUCGACACCACGUCGUAUGGAAACCUCCGCUUCUACUUCACCAUGGGUGGGGGUGACUGUGACCCCGGGGAGUCCCGUGAGAACGACGUGAUCCUGUUUGGGAGGUCUGAGGGUCGCAGAGAGCGCGUGGUGCUCGACACGCUGCCCUACUCCUCCUACAGGACUCCUGCCGUGGUGUCGGUGGCGCUGCCAACUGAGCUGCAGACGCCAGUCACCCAGUUCUGCCUGGAGCAGCGCUCACAUGGAGGUGCCAACCGUCACGUGUGGGCCGUGGACUUCAUGCAGCUGCUCCCCGUGCUGCCUGGCACCCACACACAUGUUGCUCAGUUCUCCAUCAACCUCGGCUGUGGCUCCUACCAGCCUGCCAACAGUGUCAGUCUGGAGUUUUCCUCGAAUCAGGGUCGCUCCUGGUCUCUGCUCCACACCGAGUGUCUGCCAGAGCUCUGCGCCGGGCCCCAUCUACCUCACAGCACCAUCUACUCCUCUGACAACUACAGCGGUUGGACCCGAAUCUCCAUUCCUCUGCCCAACGCCGCUCUCACUGAAACGACCCGCUUCCGUUGGAAGCAGUCCGGAACUGGGGUCGGCAACAUGUGGGCCAUAGACAAUGUGUAUAUUGGUCCAGCUUGCCUUCGCUUCUGCUCUGGAAGAGGACACUGUUCCCGCACAGGCUGCAAAUGUGACCCGGGCUUCAGUGGUCCAGCCUGUGAACUGGCCUCUCAGACCUUCCCAGCGUUCCUGUCGGAGGGGUUUUCCAGCCCCCGCCUUUCCUCCUACCACAGCUUCUCCUCUCUGCGCGGGGCUGAAGUCAGCUUCGGCUGCGGGGUGCUCGCCAGCGGCAAGGCCCUGGUUUUCAACAGGGACAGCAGGAGGCACCUGGUCACCGCUCCGCUGGACAGCUCACAGGCCAGGUAUCUCCAGUUUACCCUUCGACUGGGCAGCCGCAGCAUCCUGAGUUCGUGCCCGGCUCCGGACCAGCCAGGAGAGGGCGUCCUGCUGCAUUACUCCUCCGACAACGGCAUCACCUGGACCCUGCUGCAGCACUACGCGUACCAAGGCUUCCACGAGCCAAGGAUUGUAUCUGUUGAACUUCCAUCUGGUGCGCGGAAGUUUGGCGUGCAGUUUCGCUGGUGGCAGCCGUACCACUCCGGCCGUGGACACGAUGUGUGGGCUCUGGAUGAAAUCAGCAUGACCUCUGUGCUCUUCAACACCAUAAGUCUUGACUUCAGCAAUGUGUUGGACGUCACCCAGAGCCUUGGCUUCUACCUUGGCCAUGUUCAGCCCUACUGCCAGCAUGACUGGACCCUUAGUUUCUCCGGUGAGCCCAGCCCCGGCUCCAGUAUCCGUUACGUUGAGACUCAGUCGAUGCAGAUUGGAGCCUCGUACAGUCUGCAGUUCUCACUGGUGAUGGGCUGCGGCCGCGAGCCUUCGCCUCACAUCGACACUCAGGUCCGUCUGGAGUUUUCCACCAAUCAUGGCCUCACCUGGCACCUUGUCAAAGAGGCCUGUUUACCUGGCAUGCCCAGCUGCUCUGAGUUUACCGCUCCCAGUGUGUACCACCCAUCAGAGUUCAAAGACUGGAGACGCAUCACUCUGUCUUUGCCUCAGAAAACAUGGUCCAGUGCAACACGGUUCCGAUGGAUCCAGAACUACUAUGGAGAGCAAGAUGAAUGGGCCCUUGACGAUAUCUACAUUGGCCAGCAGUGUCCCAGCAUGUGUCACGGCCACGGCUGGUGUGACCACGGACACUGCAGGUGCGAUGACGGCUUCUCUGGAACGGACUGCCAGCCCUCCUCCCCCCUCUCCUCAAGUAUACUUUCUUACUUUGAGUCCCAGGAUGCACUGCUGGCCACAUGGCAGGAGGUCAUAGGUGGCGAGGUGGUCACACCUGACAUGGGCUGCGGGGUGGUCUCGUCUGGGUCCUCCCUGUACUUCAGCAAGGCUGGACUGAGGCAGCUUGUGAGCUGGGACCUGGACACUGAGUGGGCGGAGUUUGUGCAGUUCUACCUGCGGGUGGGCGGAGACUGGGCGGAGUGUAACCAGGCCGACAGCAGGGAAGAAGGAGUCCUGCUGCAGUACAGCAACGACGGAGGCAUCAGCUGGGGCCUCAUCGCCGAGAUGUACUUCACGGACUUCACCAAGCCUCGCUUCGUGCAUUACGAGCUUCCACUGGCCUCCAAAACACCCUCCACAAGGUUCCGGUGGUGGCAGCCACUCCACUCUGGCGAAGGCUACGACCAAUGGGCAAUCGAUGAUGUUAUAAUUUUAUCAGAGAGGGAGAAACACAUCAUCCCCAUGGCCAACCCCACUUUACCACAGAACUUCUACGAGAAGCCGGCCUUCGACUACCCGUUGAACCAGAUGAGCGUCUGGCUCAUGCUGGGCAACGAAGGCAUGGAGAGGGAAAGCAACAACAGCUUCUGCGCUCCAACUCCCUCCGCCAUGGUGUUCGGGCGCUCCGACGGCGACAGGGUGGCCGUCACCAGGGACCUGGCGCUCCGUCCCGGAUACACCCUUCAGUUUAAGUUGAACAUCGGCUGUGAAUCGGAGUUCAGUGCGUCCGCACCAGUCCUGCUGCAGUACUCCCACGACGCCGGUCGCACCUGGACCCUGGUGCGAGAAGGCUGCUACCCAGGAAGCCCGGGGGCGGGGAUUUGUGAGGGCAGCGGCCGGGAGCUUCGAGAACCCACCGUCUACAACACUGGAGACUAUGAGCAGUGGACCCGGGUGACCGUGGUCAUCCCACGCAGUGUUGCAGCCAGUAAAACCAGAUUCCGCUGGUUCCAGGAGAGCAGCGUUUACAGAGACGCCCCGCCGUUUGCUUUGGAUGGGGUCUACAUCUCUGAACCUUGUCCAAACCACUGUGGGGGGCAUGGGGACUGCAUCUCUGGAGUCUGCUUCUGUGACAUGGGAUACACAGUGGAGCAGGAUAGUUGCGUCCCGUCUGUAGCCAGCCCCACAGAGCUGACCGAGGGCUUCGAGGGGAAGCUGAGCCCCCUCUGGCAGAGCCUGAGUGGGGGGCAGAUUGGAGGAGGGUGUGGCAUCAUUGGCGAGGGGAAGGCCCUUUACUUCAGCAGCCCUGGAAGGAGAGAAGCUCGCACGGUGCCUCUGGACACCACCAACACACGGUUGGUUCAGUUUUACAUUCGUAUUGGCAGCAAGAGUUUGGGACCCACCUGCACCAGGCCUCGCUCCCGCAAUGAAGGCGUCAUCGUUCAAUUUUCUACAAACAAUGGCGUCGAAUGGCAGUUCCUCAGGGAGCUGGACUUCAGCUCCUUCCUUGAGCCCCAAGUGGUCACCAUUGAGCUUCCACCUCCAGCCAAAACCCCCUACACUGUAUUUAGGUGGUGGCAGCCACAGCAAGGGAAACACUCAGCCCAGUGGGCGCUGGACGACGUUCUGAUCGGGAUGAACGACAGCUCCAGAACUGGCUUCCACGACAAGUUUGACGGCACGACUCCACUGAGGCACAACUGGUACCGCAUCCAGGGCGGAGAGGUGACCGUGGACUGCUUGUCUCUGGACACGGCGCUGACCUUCAACUCUGAGGCCAUUGACAAGAAGCCUCGGUAUGCAGAGAGCUGGGAUUUUGAGGUGUCAGGUUCGUCGUUUCUGCAGUUUGAGUUAAGUAUGGGCUGCAGUAAGUCCACUUCCUUCUCGCACGGCGUCCGCCUGGAGUAUUCUACGGACUGUGGCCGUCACUGGUCGCUCAUCACCCCAGAGUGUGUGCCCCCAGCCAUCGGAUGUGCCGGGUACACCCAGAGCUCCGUCUAUACAUCCACCCAGUAUAAACACUGGAGGCGGAUCACCGUCUACCUGCCCAGUGCUGCUAACUCACCAAGAACUCGAUUCCGAUGGAUCCAGACUCACUUUACCCCAGGGGCAGAAGGAUGGGCGCUGGAUAAUGUGCUCCUUGCUCCUGGUUGUCCCUGGAUGUGCUCUGGACAUGGCUUAUGUGACAACGGACGCUGCAUGUGUGACAAGGGUUAUGGAGGAGCACACUGCGUGCCUUUAACGCCGCUGCCAUCUGUACUGAGAGAGGACUUCAAUGAGAACUUGCAGCAGGAGACCUGGCCGGAGGUGUACGGAGCUGAGAAGGGCACUCUGAGCGGAGAGCCCCUGAAAUCUGGCACGGCCCUCAUUUUUAAAGGGGAUGGUCUGCGAAUGAUAGUAUCACGGGAUCUGGACUGCACAAACACUCUCUACAUCCAGUUCUCCUUCAAAUUCAUCACGAAGGGUGUCCCAGAGCGCUCUCAUUCAGUGCUGCUGCAGUACUCUGUGAAUGGAGGGAUCAGCUGGCUGCUGCUGGAUGAGUUUUACUUCCCAUCCUCCACCGACACUCUGUUCCUCCACUUGCCGCUGCCAGCCAGCGCUCAAACCAACGCCACCCGCUUCAGACUCUGGCAGCCGUACAACAGCGGUAAGAAGGAGGAGGUGUGGGUGAUAGAUGAUCUCAUCAUCGAUGGCAGCUCCUUACAUAACCUCCCGGUAGUGAUAGACAGUUUUGAAGAAGGUCCCAAUGAGUCCAACUGGCUGUUCGCUCCUGGAGGAAAUACGGGUCUUUAUUGCCCCUACCAGAAGACCGGCCUAGAGGAGGAUGAGUCAGCGAUGGUGUUUGUCUCCAGUGAGCUUGGAGAGCACUCCAUCACCACCAGGGACAUCGACGUAAACGAGAACACCAUCAUCCAGUUUGAGAUCAACGUGGGCUGCACAGCCGAAAGUUCCUCUGCCCACCCAGUGCGUCUUGAGUUCUCUCGGGAUUUUGGCGCCACGUGGCACCUCUUGGUGCCUCUGUGUGCCGGCGGGCCCCAGCCCUCCUCACUUUGCUCCACAGAACUUCACCCUGCCAGUAUCUAUUUCCCUGGGACAACUCAAGGUUGGAGGAGGGAGGUCAUCCACUUUGGCAAGCUUCGUCUCUGUGGAUCAGUGAGGUUCCGCUGGUAUCAGGGCUUCUUCUCUUCUGGUUCUGCUCCUCCAACAUGGGCCCUGGACAACAUCUACAUUGGCCCUCAGUGUCAGGACAUGUGCAACGGUCACGGGGCGUGUGUGGGCGGCUCCCACUGUGUGUGUGACCCUGGCUACUCUGGAUCUGACUGCUCACAGCCUGACACCCCCAACCCUGACUUCCUCAAGGAGGAUUUUGAAGGUGGCGCUGUGGAUGCUGAACGGUUUAGGCUGCUGAGUGGUGGUAAACCAUCCAGGAAGUGUGGCAUCAUGUCAAGUGGGAAUCAUCUAUUCUUUAGUGAGGAUGGCUUACGCAUGUUGGUGACCAAUGACAUGGACCUGUCAAAUGCCAGGUUUGUUCAGUUCUUCCUGCGUCUCGGCUGUGGGAAAGCGGCUCCAGAUCCUCGCUCGCAGCCCGUUCUGCUGCAGUUCUCUGUAGACGGAGGUCUGACCUGGGGACUCCUGCAGGAGUUUCUUUUCAGCAACAGCAGCAAUCAGGCUCGUCUGGUGGCUUUGGAAAUCCCACUGCGCGCUCGCACUCCCUCCACCCGCCUGCGCUGGUGGCAGCCUUCUGAAAAUGGACACUUUUACAGCCCAUGGGUCAUUGACCAGGUGGUAGUAGGCGGCAGCGCCAGCGGCUGGGGACCUCUAGAAGAUGAUUUCUCCUCAAUCGAUGGACGCUCGUGGCUCUUGCAUCCUGGAGGGACCAGAAUGCCCGUCUGUGGAUCUGACGGACCUGCUUUCGCGUUCAUAGAAAAGUCCAACACUCGCUACGCCGUCACCACCGACAUCAGUCUGGGCCAAGACGCCUUCAUCCAGUUUGACUUUUCUGCCUCCUGCUCAGUCACUAACUCCUGCUACUCUGUGGAGCUGGAGUAUUCUCUGGAUUUGGGAUUAUCCUGGCAGCCGGUGGUCAGAGACUGUCUCCCUACAAGCCCUGACUGCUCUUCCUACACUCUGCAGCGGCUUCUGGUGUCUGACACCUUCAACAAGUGGGGCCGCAUCACCCUGCCCAUCCCAUCGUAUGCCAGGUCUCCAGCCACCAGGUUCCGCUGGUUCCAGCAGGCUCCCUUCGACAAGCAGCAGACCUGGGCUCUGGAUAACCUCUACAUUGGAGACGGCUGUCCAGACAUGUGCUCUGGACAUGGACGCUGCCAGCAGAGCUCCUGCCUGUGUGACCCAGAGUGGGGUGGAGAGUACUGUGACGAGCCUGUGGUUCCUUUACCCUCUCAGCUGAAGGACAGCUUCAGUCGCGCUCCCUCACUCAGUCACUGGCACACACUCACCGGUGGAAAGCUCAGCACUGUCUGUGGAGCCGUGGCAUCCGGAGCUGCUCUCCACUUCAGUGGAAGCUGCAGCCGUCAGCUGGUGACCGUCGACCUGAACCUCACCAAUGCUGAGUUCAUCCAGUUCUACUUCAUGUAUGGCUGCAUGAUCCCACCGAGUAACCGCAACCAGGGAGUCCUUCUGGAGUACAGUCUGAACGGAGGCAUUAACUGGCAUCUGCUGACAGAGAUCUUCUACGAUCUGUACACUAAGCCUGGGUUUGUGAAUGUGCUGCUGCCCCCUGCUGCCCGUCAGGAGGGAGUGCGCGUGCGCUGGUGGCAGCCGCAGCACGAUGGGGCCGACCACAGUGAUUGGGCUCUGGAUAACGUCCUGAUUGCAGGCUCAGACCCCCGGGCGCAGAUCUCUGACACAUUUGGAGGCGUCGCUUUGCCAAACCAUGAGCGAGCGCCGGCCGAUGAGACUUCAGGAAGAAUAGAUCAACUGAGUGAGCAGGAAGAAACACCCAUCGUGAGUGAGCACUGGUUGUUCUCGGAGGACUGCUCGGUGCAGCGCUUCUGCAGCUCUCCUGAUGGAGUGAUGGUUUGUGGAAACGCUGACGGGAGAGAGGUGUACGCUGUUACACACGAUAUUAUUCCUGACAAGGGCUGGGUCAUGCAGUUCAAGAUCGCUGUGGGCUGCAGCGUGCCAGAACGUCACGCCGAACGGCAGGUUCAUGUUCAGUAUUCAGUCGACUUCGGAGUCACCUGGAAGUAUCUGGUUCCUCAAUGCUUGCCCGCUGAUCCGCGCUGCGGCGGUCAGGUCUCCCAGCCUUCAGUCUUCUUCCCUGCAGAGGGCUGGAAGAGGGCGGUCUACCCUUUGCCUGACAGCCUGGCUGACACUGCGGUCAGGUUCAGGUUUUACCAGCAGCACUCAGACAUCCAGUGGGGUGUGGAGAACUUCUACAUCGGGCCGGCAUGCGAGAGCCACUGUGGAGGACAUGGAGACUGUCUGGAUCAGCGCUGCCUCUGCGAUCCAGGCUUCACUGGACCAAACUGCUACGCCAGCAGUGCUCUCAAGGCAUCUUUGAAGGAGCGGUUUGACUGGGAGGGGGCGGCAGGCCCUCAGUGGCAGGUGCUGGAGGGCGGCAAGCCGUGCACAGACUGCGGGGUGCUGGUGGAGGGGACUGCUCUCUAUUUUGGUGGCGCCGAUGCCCGGCAGGCUGUGACUGCCGACCUGGACCUCCGCGGGGCCAAGUUUGUGGAAUAUUGGGCCCGGAUUGGGAGUGAAGAUAACAUGACUCUGUGCCACCGUCCUACAUGUCGUAAGGAGGGAGUUCUGCUGGACUAUUCUACUGAUGGAGGUGUGUCGUGGACCCUGCUCCAUGAAAUGGACUAUUUGAAGUAUGUGUCUGUGAGAAGAGACUACAUUGCUCUACCAGAAGGGGCUCUCACCAAUGCCACUCGCCUGCGCUGGUGGCAGCCUUUCACCAUUUCCUCCGGCCUGGCCACCCCGAGCCUAGAAAGAGCCCAGUGGGCCAUAGACAACAUCCUGGUCGGAGGGUCAGACAUCAACCCGUCCACACUGCUCGACACCUUCGAUGACGAGGGCGUGUCACACGAAGAAAGCUGGAGUUUCUACCCCAACGCUGUGCGUACAGCUGGCUUCUGUGGAAAUCCCUCAUUUCACCUGUACUGGCCAAACAAGAACCAGGACAGGACACACAACAUCCUGGCCACUCGAGAACUCAUCGUGCAGCCUGGAUACAUUUUACAGUUCAAGAUUGUAGUUGGCUGUGAGGCAGAUAUCUGUGAGGACCAUCAUUCUGUCCUGCUGCAGUACAGGAAGGAUGCAAGGUCCGACUCGUGGCAGCUGGUGCAGUCAGAGUGCCUCCCUUCCUCAGUCAACAACGUGGGCUGCUCUCCCUUUCAGUUCCACGAAUCCACAAUUUACAGUCCGGUCAACAGCUCAACGUGGACUCGGGUCACAGUCCAGCUGCCUGACCACGUCUCCUCAGGGGCUACACAGUUCCGCUGGAUUCAGAAGGAGGGGACCGGAGAGCGCCAGAGCUGGGGAGUGGACCAUGUUUACAUUGGCGAGGCCUGCCCGGGGCUCUGCAGCGGCCACGGCUACUGCACAAGUGGAGUGGUCUGCAUCUGUGAUGAGGGACAUCAUGGUGACGACUGCUCCCUCUCCAACACCGACUUACCCAGCUCGAUCAAGGACAACUUUGAGUCUGGCAGCGUGUCUCAGGAGAGCUGGCAGCUGAUCCAGGGCGGUGGAGUGGGCAGUGGCUGUGGUCAGCUGUCGCCACACGCCCACGGAGACUCGCUUUACUUUAAUGGCUGUAAGAUGAGGCAGGCAGUUACCAAACCGCUGGACCUCACUCGAGCCAGGUACAGUAAGAUCAUGUUUGUGCUGCAGAUCGGCAGCGUGGCACAGACAGACAGCUGCAACAUAGCUCUGGAUCAAGCUGACACAGUCGACCGGGCUGUGCUGCUGCAAUACAGCGUCAACAACGGGGUCAGCUGGCACGUAAUCGCCCAGCACCAGCCAAAAGACUUCAUAAAGGCCCAGAGAGUUUCCUACAACAUCCCACUCGAGGCGAGGGUUAAAGGAGUGAUGCUGCGGUGGUGGCAGCCGCGACACGAUGGUGCAGGACAUGACCAGUGGGCAUUGGACCAUGUGGAAGUAGUUCUUGUCAGCACACGUAAGCAAAACUACAUGAUGAACUUUGCCAGACAGACCGGCAUGCGUCACUACUACAGCCGCAAGAGGCGGGCACUGCAGCAGCGCGCCUGAGCCCACCGAGCGGGGAUCCGACCUCCGACCUGCCAAUCACACAUCGACCCGCCACACGCAUCCCCGUUCUCCUGACGACAUAUCGCCCCCGUCGAGACCAUUGGCCAGUGGAUCAUAUCAGCCUUAACCUUCCCUCACUCGUCUCCUCUCCGCUGCCACAAACACGGGCCGUCGGAUCAGUUUCAGUCCAGCCAUCGAAGGCCUUCCCUUUCCACCCGCACGGGUUGGCGGGAGUGAAACUCCGAGGGAAGGAGCGAAGCGGCCAUUUUGUUUACUUCCCCGUCACGGAUGGUCGGACUGUCUAAUUGUUUUGUAAGUGUUGCUGUGGUUUCUCUGAUUCCUGUCCCCACGUGCGAUGUCCUCCCCUCUGGCCUCCGCCCCCCCCCCCCCCCCCCCCCCUCCUUAUCCCACCACACUGUGAAAUUGAGAGAUAAUAUAUCACUGCUGAACUGACCAGCCGAUUGGAGAGCAGCCUCCCAGUUCCACUGAGCCACCAGGGAGGACGACCACUCCGCUGCCGCCAACCAGGAGAAAGACCAUAAAGAUGAUACUGACCAUUAAGAGGAAUAACGGCAAUGAAGA